GACCUUAUGCACCAGCUGCAAGCCGCAGGCCGGGCUGUGCGCGCUAUGGCUGAGUGGGCAAAGCAGCUUGCAGGCAUUAAGGGAGUGUUGCUCGAUAUCAGUGGGGUCUUGUAUGACAGUGGAGGAGAAGGAGGCGGAGUUCCUAUCCCUGGAUCUAUAGAAGCUGUGGAAAAGAUCAAAGCGUCUGGCCUGAAGUUGCGGUUCUGCACCAAUGAAACCCAGGCCACUCGAGGCAAGUUUGUGGCGAAGCUCCAGCGCUUGGGGUUCAACAUUUUGCUGAAUGAAGUCACUGCCCCGGCACCAGCAGCCUGUCGCAUUCUGAAGGAGCGAAACCUGAGGCCACACCUCCUCGUACAUGAUGAUCUGGUCCCCGAAUUUGAUCAGCUUGAUAAAGCAAACCCAAACUGUGUGGUAAUUGGAGAUGCAGCAGACAAUUUCUCCUACAAAAAUCUCAAUGAAGCUUUCAGAGUUCUGAUUGGACUGGAGAAUCCUAUUCUCAUAUCUCUGGGAAGAGGGCGCUAUUAUAAAGAAACCGAUGGUCUGAAACUUGAUGUUGGAGUGUAUAUGAAGGCAUUAGAGUAUGCUUGUGAUGUUCAAGCCGAGGUGGUGGGAAAGCCGGCAAAAAUGUUUUUCCAAUCAGCCUUGGCAGAAAUGGAAGUUGAGCCACAGCAGGCCAUCAUGAUUGGAGAUGAUAUUGUGAAUGAUGUAGGAGGUGCCCAGCAGUGCGGUAUGAGAGCUCUACAAGUACGGACAGGGAAGUACAGGCCUUGUGAUGAGCAACACCCGGAAGUGAAGGCAGAUGGAUACGUGAACAACCUCGCGGAAGCAGUGGACAUUAUUGUGAAACAGUUGCACAAGUGAUCGUGCUGUAGAAGAGACUGAUUUAAAGGCACAAAGAAGUUGGACUUGACAUCUGAAGCCUAGCAUACAGCUCACACACCAGGCUACCUCUUCCCCUGUUCAAUUCAUUUUUCUCUCUUCACCUAAUCUCUACACAUAUGCAAGUAACCAUAGGAAACCAGUAAUGUUAAUAGUUUGUCAUUAACUGCCUGAUUUUCAAAGCUUCUCAUUUCUAGGUACUAAAAUGAAAUGCCUUAAUGAUUAA